AUGGUCGCCAUCACCAUCCCCUCCAAUUACGGCGGCGUCAUUGCCGUCGCCCUCGGCGUCAUCCCCGUCCUGGGCUUCGUCCACGGCGUGAUCACCGGCUCCUUCCGCAAGGAGGCCAAGGUGCCCUACCCCCACAGCUACGCUUCUAUCGAGCAGUGCAAAGAGAACGCCAAGGCCGAGCAGUUCAACUGUGCCCAGCGCGCCCACUCCAACUUCCUCGAGAAUGCCCCCCAGACGAUGCUCUUCACCCUAGUCGCUGGACUGAAGUACCCUCAGCUCGCUACUGGAAUUGCGGCUCUGUGGGUCGUUUUCCGCUCGCUGUUCCUGUAUGGGUAUGUGUACUCGGGUAAGCCCCAGGGUAAGGGCCGUAUGAUGGGUUCGUUCUUCUGGCUUGCGCAGGGUGCGCUGUGGGGCUUGAGUGUUUUCGGUGUUGGGAAGGAUUUGAUCUCGUACUAG